GUCUUAACAAACUUUCCUUUAUAAAAAGCGUGAGCGAGUAGUGGAUCUAAUUAUUCAGUUGUUAUUGGAGCAUGGUCUUCUCUCAAAACAGAAAAGAAACGAAGAAAGAAAGAAAGGAGAUAUGGAGAAUGGAAACACGUCAUCGUCAGGAAUAGCAAGAACGAAAUCGGAUCAGCUAUUGAUGAUGGAAUCGGCGACGGCGGCGAAUAGUAUUAAAUCAUCGCCGGAGAGUGGUGGAGGAGGAAACCUGUCUCGGAAAUCGAGCAGGAGGAUGACGCACAUAAGGAAGUCUCGGAGCGCGCAGAUGAAGAUAGAGGUGGAUGAGGUGAGCAGCGGUGCGGCACUUAGCAGAGCGUCAAGUGCGAGCUUGGGGCUGUCUUUCUCCUUCACUGGCUUCACUCUUCCUCCUGAUGAUGAAAUCUCCGACUACAAGCCCUUCAGUGACGAUGAUGAUAUUCCGGAAGAUAUUGAAGCUGGAACUCAUAAGCCAAAGUUUCAAAUGGAUCUUACUCUACCAAUAUAUCUAAAGUUCAGUGAUGUGACAUAUAAGGUAGUGAUGAAAGGAAUGACAACAAGUGAGGAGAAGGAUAUACUGAAGGGUAUAACUGGUUGUGUGAGUCCAGGGGAAGUUUUGGCAUUGAUGGGACCCUCAGGAAGUGGAAAAACAUCACUGCUGAAUCUUCUUGGAGGAAGAAUAACUCAUCACCCCACUGUUGGUGGAUCUAUCACCUACAAUGACCAGCCUUAUUCUAAGUUCCUCAAGAGUAGGAUUGGAUUUGUGACACAAGAUGAUGUUCUGUUUCCUCAUCUAACUGUAAAAGAAACAUUGACAUAUGCAGCCAGACUAAGAUUGCCAAAUACAUUAACUCAGGAGCAAAAGGAACAACGUGCUUUAGAUGUCAUCUAUGAGCUUGGUUUGGAAAGGUGCCAAGACACUAUGAUAGGAGGAUCCUUUGUUCGAGGAGUAUCUGGGGGAGAGAGGAAGAGAGUCUGUAUUGGCAAUGAGAUCAUAAUCAACCCUUCUCUUCUUCUUCUUGAUGAACCAACUUCUGGCCUCGAUUCUACAACAGCCUUGAGGAUUGUUCAGAUGCUACAACACAUAGCAGAGGCUGGUAAAACGGUAGUGACAACAAUCCAUCAACCAUCAAGCAGGCUCUUCCAUAAAUUUGAUAAGUUGAUCCUUUUAGGAAAAGGGAGCUUGAUUUACUUUGGAAAAGCAUCUGAAGCUAUGUCUUACUUCCAGUACAUAGGGUGUUCACCUCUCAUCACCAUGAACCCAGCAGAGUUUCUACUUGACCUUGCAAAUGGUAACAUAAAUGAUGUUUCUGUUCCAUCAGAGUUAGAGGAUAAAGUUCAAAUGGGGAAUUUGUCAGAAGCUGAAACUCGCAAUGGGAAACCAUCACCUGCACUUGUGCAAGAGUAUCUAGUGGAGGCGUAUGAGACUAGAGUUGCUGAAACAGAAAAGAAAAAGCUACUGGUUCCUAUCCCCCUUGAUGAAGAACUCAAGUCUAAGGUUCUUUGUUCUAAAAGACAAUGGGGAGCAAGUUGGUGUGAGCAAUUUUCCAUCUUGUUCUUGAGAGGAUUCAAAGAAAGGAGGCAUGACUAUUUCAGCUGGUUGAGAAUCACACAAGUUCUAUCCACAGCAGUCAUCUUAGGAUUGCUAUGGUGGCAAUCAGAUGCUAAAAACCCAAAAGGCAUGCAAGACCAGGCAGGACUACUUUUCUUUAUUGCUGUGUUUUGGGGAUUCUUUCCUGUCUUCACUGCAAUAUUCACAUUCCCACAAGAGAGAGCAAUGUUAAAUAAGGAAAGAGCAACAGAUAUGUAUAGACUAAGUGCAUAUUUUGUGGCAAGAACUACAAGUGACCUUCCAUUAGACCUUAUCUUACCAGUGCUUUUCCUCUUAGUUGUUUACUUCAUGGCUGGAUUGAGACUCAGUGCAGGACCAUUCUUGCUUAGCAUCCUUACAGUUUUUCUCUGCAUAGUUGCAGCUCAGGGACUUGGACUUGCUAUUGGGGCAACACUAAUGGACUUGAAAAGGGCAACAACAUUGGCUUCAGUUACUGUAAUGACUUUCAUGCUUGCUGGAGGCUUUUUUGUGAAGAGGGUGCCGAUAUUUAUAUCAUGGAUCCGGUACAUAUCUUUCAACUACCACACGUACAAACUUCUGCUGAAGGUGCAAUAUGAUGAAGAAGUGACACCAAUGAUAAAUGGAAUCAGAAUUGAUAGUGGCUCAACAGAGGUGGUUGCUCUGAUAGCAAUGGUUUUUGGUUACCGUCUAUUGGCAUAUCUUUCCUUGCGUUGGAUGAAUGUUUCAUAAUAUGGAGCUUAACACUGUGAAUGGAAAACAUUAAUAUAUUGACUCAAGAUUCAUUCCUGAGGAGGACUUACCAAGUGAUGUGCCAAGCACUGAUGGGAUUAUGCAGCUUCUGUCCUUUCUUUAUUCCUUCCUUCCUGUAUUUCAGUUUCAUAGCCACAUUAGUAUAUGGACAGUUUAGAUGAACAGGAUGCUAUUUUUGAAAGAAUUGUAUUAACUCUUAGAAUCGAAGACUUGCUUAUCAGAGGAGCCAUAACUCUAGCAGUUAUUAGUAGCUAGAAAUUAAAUAUGGGUAUGGCUAUAUGCUAUUGUUGAGCUUUAAGAACUAGUGAUAUUGCUAUCAGCUACUCACUAGUAAAGUUUCAGAUAGGAUUUAGGAAUAAUAUUAUAAUUUUUUCUAUCA